GUUUUCCUCAACCUUGCCCAAAGAAGGUGCGACUACACUGCGUCAAUGGCGCACCUGAUUGGCCGUUUGCGGCUGCGUGCGUCUGCAUGGCAACGCGACCUGCGCGCCACAAAUAAGGCAGGAGGAGAGCUCUACUAGCAAGCCGGAAUUUAUUGACCGCACUUUGUUGGACGCUGUUUGGUUUGGCGCGUUGUUGGCGCACUGUGACAGUUUCUGUAUCUCCAAAUGCGUCUGGAUUUAAGUGGCUGGUAAACUGCCACUUGAAGCUGGUCACCAUGACAGCAGAGGAGACAAUCAACAUCAAAGAGGCAGAAGUGGUCAAACUGGUCCUCGACUUCCUCAGCGCCAGGAAGCUGCACAUCAGCAUGUUGGCGUUGGAGAAGGAGAGCGGCAUCAUCAACGGUCUCUACUCCGAUGACAUGCUCUUCCUCAGGCAACUCAUUCUGGAUGGUCAGUGGGAGGAGGUGAUGCAGUUCAUUCAGCCUUUAGAAGGGUUGGACAAGUUUGACAAGAAAAGGUUCCGCUAUAUAAUUCUGAAGCAGAAAUUUCUUGAAGCUCUGUAUGUAAAUAAUGCCAUGUCUGCAGCUAAAGAUCCCCAAAAUCUGGAGCUCACUAUGCAGGAGGCUGUCAAGUGCCUGCACAACUUGGAGGCGUUCUGCCCGUCUAAGGAGGACUACAGCAAACUGUGUCUCCUCCUCACGCUGCCUCGCCUCACCCACCAUGCUGAGUUCAAGGAAUGGAACCCGAGUACGGCGCGUGUCCACUGUUUCGAGGAGGCUUGCGCAAUGGUCGCCGAGUUCAUUCCAGCGGACAGGAAGCUGAGCGAGGCGGGCUUCCGAGCGAGUGGGAACCGCCUCUUCCAGCUGCUCAUCAAAGGGAUACUUUAUGAGUGCUGUGUUGAAUUCUGCCAGAGCAAAGCCACUGGAGAGGCAAUAACAGAGGGCGAGGUGUUACUCGGCGUAGACUUGCUCUGCGGGAACGGUUGCGAUGAACUGGAUCUGUCGCUGCUCUCCUGGCUGCAGAACCUUUCCCCUGGUGCAUUUUCAUGCGCCUUCCAACAGAAGACCCUCAGCAUCCAUGUCGACCGUCUGGUCAAGCCCAGCAAGGCCGGUUACGCCGACCUUCUUACCCCUCUCAUCAACCGCCUCUCCCCAUGCCCGGCUUCACCUUUCCGUCAGAGGCCGCACUCAGCCGACACCUACAUGUCCAGAUCCCUUAACCCGGCUCUGGACGGACUGUCACACGGCUUGGCUGCCCAGGACAAGAGAGGCACGGAGGUCAACAUGAAAUCAGCUCUCAGUCGAAGCCUGGUGGAGAGUAAUCUUCAUCAACUGGAUGAUUCCCCUGAGAAAAAGUACCCACAGGGUUUGGAAGGUCCCAAGACCACGCGCACCCCUCUGACUCCUGGGAGGGAUGGUGGGACAGCAUGCACAGAAACAGCUGAGCGUCCAGACUCCACAGAGCACAUGCAGGAGUACUACAGGCAGCGUCUGCGUGUGCAGCAACAUCUGGAACACAAGCAACAGCAGAGGCAGCUUUACCAGCAGAUGUUGCUUGAAGGUGGUGUGAAACCAAUCGAUGGAACCCAAAACAACCUCACUGAGACCUUCCUCACUCGAUCCAUUCAGAAACUCGAGGAGAUGAACAUUGGCAUUGACCACCACGGAGAUGAGGUGACCCCUCUGGGCCAUCAUUGUAAUGGUAUGGCAGAUGACGGUAGCACAUCCAACACCCAAGAAGACCCGGGGGUGGUGCAAAGAGCAAAGCCUGGUAGUGUAAGCAGCAUCCCCUCCCAAAGGUCAGGGAGCCAUUGCCUGCAACACAUCAGCGAAUCACCAUUUCCUGCAAGUGCUGCUGAGAGGGUUGGAGGCCCAGGGCAAGAUGAUUCCAGCAGCCAUGUGACACGUUGCACAACCCAGCAUGAAGGAAAGGCCAAAACCCAGUUUUUCAAAGUGAGCCAGCUUGAAGACACACAGGCGGUACGAUCCGUGGCCUUCCAUCCGUCUGGAUCGCUUUAUGCUGUUGGUUCCAACUCGAAAACUCUCCGAGUUUGCGCCUACCCUGACACCGAAACAACCAGCACCUUGGAUGCCGUUAGGCAGCCAGUGGUACGCUUCAGAAGGAAUAAACACCACAAAGGUUCCAUCUACUGUGUCGCAUGGAGCCACUGUGGACAGCUGCUGGCCACCGGCUCCAAUGACAAAUAUGUCAAGGUUCUGCCUUUCAAUGCUGACAGCUGCAAUGCGACAGGUCCUGAUCUGGAGUUCAGCAUGCAUGACGGAACCAUCAGGGACUUGGCCUUCAUGGAGGGGCCCGAGAGCGGAGGAUCCAUCUUGAUUAGUGCUGGAGCUGGAGACUGCAACAUCUACACCACCGACUGCCAGAGAGGACAGGGCCUUCACGCCUUGAGUGGGCACACUGGUAUCUGAAACAUUUUGCUCUGGCGUGAAUUUUUUUGGAAGUCUGGUUCAACAUUUAGUACAGGUCUAUAAGCAACCAAGCAGUUCAGUUUAGUUUUAAAUGAUAAACCUGAUUCGAUUUGAUAUGGUACGGCUCAGUUCAAGAGGGGAUGCUGCAGUGACUUUUUGGUUGUCAUUUUACGUACAUUUGAAUGAACUUGUCGGGACUGUUAAUGUGCCAUUUCCUUCAAAGAUAUAUCUCUCAGAUACAAGACGAUUCAGUACGUAUCUCGAUAUAUUUCAAAGUGGAGCCAUUUCUUUGAUUCAAAAAUGAUUUUGUGGUU